CAAAACAUGAAUCUUGAUUCCUAAUUACCCAUCCUCCCGCCGCAGUUAACCCGCCGGUGAAAGCCGGGUUCUCUUAGUCUUAUCCUCCUUUUCGUCCUUCCAAACCCUAAAUUUGAAACCCUAUCCGUUUCCCCAAAUUUCGUACAUUCAAUUGGUAGCAUAAUUGUCAGGUUUUCGGACAGAAUCCCCUCUAAUCUAAACAUACAUUUUUCGUUGUUAAUAACAUAAUCGAAGAUGGUGUUGGCGGAGCUAGGGGGGAGCAUUUCACGUGCUCUCCAGCAGAUGAGCAACGCCACGAUCAUCGAUGAGAAGGUUCUUAAUGAUUGCUUAAAUGAGAUCACUCGCGCUCUUCUUCAGUCCGAUGUUCAGUUCAAGCUCGUUCGUGAUAUGCAAACCAAUAUUAAGAAGAUCGUCAAUCUCGAUGAUCUCGCGGCAGGUCAUAAUAAGAGCAAAAUCAUCCAACAGGCUAUAUUCAAUGAGCUCUGCAAGAUGUUGGAUCCUGGAAAACCUUCUUUCACACCCAAAAAAGGCAAACCAAGUGUUGUCAUGUUUGUUGGUCUACAAGGUUCUGGAAAAACUACAACUUGUACAAAAUACGCUUACUACCACCAGAAGAAAGGUUGGAAACCAGCUUUAGUAUGUGCAGAUACAUUCAGGGCUGGUGCUUUUGAUCAAUUGAAGCAAAAUGCAACAAAAGCUAAAAUUCCUUUCUAUGGAAGCUAUAUGGAGUCAGACCCUGUGAAAAUUGCUGUGGAAGGUGUAGAAAGAUUCAGGAAAGAAAAUUGUGAUCUUAUUAUUGUUGAUACUAGUGGUAGACAUAAACAAGAAGUGGCUCUUUUUGAAGAGAUGCGUCAAGUUUCUGAAGCAACAAAACCAGAUCUUGUUAUAUUUGUGAUGGAUAGUAGCAUUGGUCAAGCUGCAUUUGACCAAGCUCAAGCUUUUAAACAAAGUGUUGCUGUUGGAGCUGUAAUUGUUACUAAAAUGGAUGGACAUGCAAAGGGAGGUGGAGCUCUUAGUGCAGUUGCAGCAACAAAAAGUCCAGUAAUUUUUAUUGGAACUGGAGAACAUAUGGAUGAAUUUGAAGUUUUUGAUGUUAAACCAUUUGUCAGCCGUCUUUUAGGAAUGGGUGAUUGGUCUGGAUUCAUGGACAAGAUUCAUGAUAUUGUUCCAAUGGAUCAACAACCCGAGCUUCUACAGAAGCUUUCAGAGGGAAAUUUCACAUUAAGGAUUAUGUAUGAACAGUUUCAUAAUAUUCUCAAAAUGGGUCCCAUCGGCCAGGUUUUCUCAAUGCUUCCGGGGUUUAGUUCAGAGUUAAUGCCAAAGGGUCAAGAGAAGGAAAGUCAAGCAAAGAUCAAACGAUACAUGACAAUGAUGGACUCAAUGACUGAUGAAGAGUUGGAUAGUAUGAAUCCGAAGCUAAUGAAUGAGUCAAGAAUGAUGAGGAUAGGGAGGGGAUCGGGUAGACAAGUGAGGGAAGUAAUGGAGAUGUUGGAAGAAUAUAAAAGACUUGCAAAGAUUUGGAGCAAAAUGAAAGGACUUAAGAUUCCUAAAAAAGGGGAAAUGAGUGCUUUGUCUAGAAACAUGAAUGCACAACAUAUGAGUAAAGUCCUUCCUCCACAAAUGCUAAAGCAAAUUGGGGGAAUGGGUGGAUUGCAAAAUUUGAUGAAGCAAAUGGGUUCGAAUAAGGACAUGAUGGGCAUGUUUGGAGGAGCUGGAGAUAAGUAAAUCUUUUAAUUAAUUAAUUAAUUAAUUAUUCUCUUAAAUCUUUUAUUUUAUAGUGUAAUUGUUAUUUCAGGCUAAAGUCAUAUAGGCAAUUGAUUGUUAAGAAAUUUGAGUUUUUUUUUUUUUAAUCUUUUGAGAAAGAGCAUGUUACUCAC